AUGGAGAUGUAUGGGGUCAGGGCAGAGCCUGUAGAAGCGGUGAAGCAACCGGAAAGGGAAGAGAUAAGAAAGAUUGAGAGGAACCGCGCUGGUGGUGAUCAUGCUGGAAAGACAUUCUACGCUGCAUUUAGACGGGAGAGCCAAGAGCUAUGGGUGAAUGGCAAUGGCUAUGACGAUGGGGGAUCCAACAGGAACUGCCUAGUCCGAUUCGCUACGGCAGAUCCAGAUUGA